CAAUCAGCAGUGUGAAAGUGAUAAUCAUAAUCUAAGCCGUAAACCACUGCCACGCUCUCUGAUCUCGUGUCCAAAGGGCAUUCCAGGACCAGCAGUGCAGUAAUAACAAAACACAGUUAUGGUUGCAGAAAGUGACAAGUCCAGACGCAGCCAUGGACGAAAAUGAGGAAUUGGGGGAGCCUGCGGAGAGGAAAGGGAGAUUGACAGCAGUCCUGAUUCUGGCGACGCUCAUAUCUGCAUUUGGUUCAUCCUUUCAGUAUGGAUAUAACGUGGCUGUGGUCAACUCUCCUGCACCACUCAUGCAGCAGUUCUAUAACUCCACCUACGCGGGUCGUUUCAACACACCGAUGGAGGAUGACCUCCUGACUCUGCUGUGGUCUUUGUCCGUGUCCAUGUACCCUCUCGGAGGCUUGUUUGGUUCCCUGAUGGUGGCUCCUCUGGUUAACAAACUGGGGAGGAAAGGGACCCUCCUCUUCAAUAACAUCUUCUCCAUCAUCCCUGCUGUGAUGAUGGGAGUUAGUGAGAUUGCCAAGUCCUAUGAGAUCAUCAUCAUGGCCAGGUUUAUUGUGGGGAUAUGCGCAGGUCUUUCAUCCAACGUAGUGCCGAUGUAUCUGGGUGAGCUAUCUCCCAAAAACCUGAGGGGUGCUAUUGGCAUCGUCCCACAGCUCUUUAUCACUAUUGGCAUCCUUGCUGCUCAGGUGCUGGGCAUCAGACACAUCCUGGGCCACAGCACAGGAUGGACCAUUAUGCUCGGCUUGACAGGCAUUCCUGCGGUGAUCUAGCUCCUUCUGCUGCCCUUUUUCCCAGAAAGCCCCAGGUACAUGCUCAUCCAGAAGGGGGAUGAGGAGAAAGCCAAGAAAGCCUUACAGCGACUGCGUGGAUGGAGUGAUGUGGAUGCAGAGCUGACAGAGAUGCGACUGGAGGACCAGUCAGAGCAGGCCGAGGGCCGAAUGUCGGUGCUCUCUCUGCUGGCUCAGCGCUCCCUUCGUUGGCAGCUGAUCUCCGUCAUCGUCAUGAACAUGGGCCAGCAGCUGUCAGGGGUCAACGCGAUCUACUAUUACGCAGACAGCAUUUAUGCCUCUGCAGGAGUCAAUGACAAUGACAUCCAGUUUGUCACAGUGGGAACAGGUGCAGUGAAUGUCGUCAUGACCAUAGCUGCUGUUUUUAUCGUGGAGUCCUCAGGCCGACGGCUACUACUUCUUCUGGGAUUUUCGAUCUGCGGUGGGGCUUGUGUUCUGCUCACUGUUGCCUUAAAACUCCAGGAGAGCGUGACGUGGAUGCCCUACAUCAGCAUCACAUGUAUCAUCAUCUACGUCAUCGGACAUGCCAUAGGAGCCAGUCCCAUUCCUAACGUGGUAACCACGGAGAUGUUCAGACAGUCGGCCCGACCCGCCGCCUUCAUGGUCGGAGGUUCCGUCCACUGGAUCUGCAACUUCACCGUCGGCCUUGUUUUCCCCUUCAUGGAGAGAGGCCUCGGCCCCUUCAGCUUUAUCGUUUUCUCCGUCGUCUGCCUUGUCACCCUGAUCUACGUCUGGCUGGUGGUGCCAGAAACCAAGAACAAAACCUUCCUGGAGGUUUCCCAGAUGUUUGCCAAAAGGAACAAAGUAGAGAUCAAAGUCAAGGACGGCAAUCUGCCUCUGAAAGAUGACAACAAGGGCCUGGAGAACGUGGAGGCGGUCACGACCUUCUGAGGAUAAAUGAGAGCUUUGAGAGGAGAGGAAGUGAUCGCUGCAGGAUUUUAGGCUCAAACCAAACCAAGCGGAAGGCUUUCAGGAGCAUCUGUGCUGGUUGUCCAGCUGCACUCCACCAUACACGCUGAGCCUGGUUUUUCCCCAGCUGAACACGUUCCCCACCUCGGUGCUGUUACACGACAUCUGGUUCCGGAUGUCCGCCGUCGUCAGCACGUAGUCCCACACGUUCACAUCGGUCAUGGUACCCACAAAGGCGUCUGCGCUGGAGAUCCCCAGAAAUCCGUCCUGAUCUUUGCCCAGAAUGAGUACACCGGCCGGCCUGAUGGUGUAACCGCUUUUCAGGUACCUCUGCUCCCCCACCAUGCCGUUAAUCCAGAGCUCUGCCCCGCCGGUGUGGGACGACCAGGUCAUGCAGUAGUUGGCCCAGUCCUGGGCUCUAAAGUUGUGCGGCAGGUUGACAAACUCGUUGCCGAUCCACAGGCCCACCUCUCUUGCAUCCGAGUCCUCGUUGAUGUUGAUCAUCAGCUCGUUGUCGUUCAUGUUGGUGGAGUAAGAGAUGACGGUGUGGAUGCCUGUCAUCUUAGGGAGCACAUGCAUGCAGACGGUGAAAGCGUCCAGAUCCAUGGAGUGGCUGAGGUGAACCAAGGCGUAGCUGUCUGUGUUUUUGUCAUUGAAGCUGAGCGUCAAAGGAAACAGGCCGCCAUUUUCUGAGGAGGAUAGGGAAACUUAUAUCAGACCUCAGCAACGUUAACCUACCAGGGUUUGAAUCUCUGGAGCAUUUACCAUAUCUGGAAGGCCUGGAGCCUGGAGCGCCUCCUGAGGAAGAAAAACAAACAAUGCUAAAUAUUUGCAUGAGCCUCUAUUUUCACUGUGGUCGUUCCCAGAAAGUUUAUCACCUGAAUACAGAUUCUUUCCAAGAGACGUUACCAGACCCUCGAUCCUCAGGAGUUUGGAUUCAAUCUCAUCCUGCCGACAGAAACCUGAGGAGACAGAAAAGAAACUAAAUUUACAGAAAGUCACUCCAUAUUUUCCAUUCCAUUCUGAGAUUAAAUAACAGAUCUGUGUAAUCACACACUUCCUUUCCCGAGACGUGGCAGGAAGGAGGACUCCACCUGUCGGUCAUUGAGAGGCUGAGCAAUGCGGUAGUCAUUCCACAGCGUCUUGUUGUCGAUGUCCAUCAGUGUGCUCUCCAGUUUCCUGAUCUGAAUGCAGCAAAGAGCAGAUUUUAACAUAAGAGGCCAUUUUCUUGUUAUUACUUCAUGCAGAAGAAGUCUCUACACGUCAGCUUUACCUGGUUUUGUGACAGAGUGAUGGGUGUGUCAAACACAGUCCAGGUGAUGCUCUCAUAGCAAGGAGGAGUGGUGAGGGACCCCUGGUAUCUGAAGAAAUGGUUGAGGUUCUCGGGAAGCAUGGAGCGCACAUUGAUUUUUGAGAUGUUCAUGGACUGGCCUGUCAGGGUCACAGGAGUCAAUUAAACUCAUUUUAGGCUAGAUUAUAAUCUGCAUUUGUGUGUGAGUUCAUGCAUUGAUGCCUGUGCAGGUGAAACUUACCUGUGUACUUGAUUUUGCCCAAAUUGUUUAUAAAAUCACUGUAGUAUGUGUUUUCAAAGUGGCCAUCCUGGAAAGAAACAAAUUUUGAAUCAGAAAGAAUUUUGAAAACACCUUCUUAUUAACCUUUUAGUUUGUUUUUGUGGGUUAUUUGUUCUCCGAUGUGAUUCUCUGCUGCUUUCAUGUAAACCAGUUUAUAUUUUUCUGUGCUGGACUCAGCUGCUCACACUGCAAACACCAAAUGUGGUGCAGUUCAAAACAUCUCACUGAGAGAUUAUUUCUCCACACAUUGGUUCAUUGCAAAAGAAAGUGAAUCUUAGACGCCUGUUUCUGUUUGUGGUUAAAUCUGGGCCUUUACUUCUACACAUUUGUAGAGAUUAUGUCACCAUGUUUAAUCCCUAUUGUCUACGUGUGUCUUGUUUAUGAAACAUUUUAUUCACUAUCUUCAAACUACCAUCAAAAAUGUGUGUAGCUGCACAAGUUCACUGAUUUAAUUAUGUAAAAUCAAAAGUCAGAACCCUGUUUAUCACAAAUUUUACUUCACUUGAUGAUUAAUUUGAUAAGAUCUACCAAACAGAGUCAGAAAAGGGUAGAAUGCCUUCUCCAGGUCAGGGAUGAGGUCCUUCCUCAAGUAGAGGAGUUGAAGUAUCUCAAGGCCUUGUUCACGAGUGGGGGAAAGCUGGAGCGUGAGAUCGACAGGCGGAUUGGUGCUGCAUCUGCAGUGGUGCAGGCGUUGUACCGAUCUGUCGUGGUGAAGAGAGAGCUGAGCCAGAAGGCAAAGCUCUUGAUUUACCAGUUGAUUUGUGUUCCUACCCUCGCCUGUGGUCAUGAGCUUUGGGAAGUGACCGAAAGAAUGAGAUCACAGAUUCAAGAUUUCUCUGCAGGGUGUCUGGACUCUCCCUUGGAGACAGGGUGAGAAGCUCGUUCAUCUGGGAGGGAGUCGGAUUAGACCCGUUGCUCCUCCUCACUGAGGGGAGCCAGUCAAGGUGGCUCAGGCAUCUGAUUAGGAUGCCUCCUGGACGCCUCACUGGUGAGGUUUUCUGGGCAUGUUCAGUCAGAGAGACCCAAAAAAUACCCAGGAGAGUCUGGAGGGACUAUGUUUCUUGGCUGGCCAGGGAAUGCCUUGGAAUUCCCCUGGAGGAGCUGGCUCAAGUGGCUGAGGAGAAGUAAGUCUGGGCCUCCCUGCUUAGGCUGCUGCACCAAAGACCCGACCCUGGAUAAAAAUGGACGGAUGGAUGCACCUUACCAAAUAGUUUUGUCCCCAUGAACUGAAUUUUUCUAAGCAUCUGAGAGAAGAGUGACUCUGCUGCCAUCAGGGGUGAAUUAACCAACCUCUUAAAGGAUGAGGAAGGAAGAGCAUCAGGGUUUUUUCAAACCUUCAAUCAACAUGGCUGCAGCUGAAGACUAAAUACAGUUUCUGGUGGCAAAUAUAUCUUACUUCAAUUGAUUUUUAAGUUCCUGCAAUAGAACAAAAGCUCAUUUUUCUGCAGCAGUGCCUUGAGCCUGUGUAGAUGUAAGCUAACCCGCUGGUAAGCAAGAGAAGAGGUGUUUGUGACUCACGUCAUAGAAAAAUGCAAGCACUGCCAAACCGUCAGGCUUAUCUACGGCUUCACUGAUGCUCUUGUACUUGUCAGAGUUGUAAUGGACAAUGUGGAGCUGGAAGAGAAGAUGGAAAAACACGAACAGGGUUCAGUUGAAACAAAAACAAAAUGCAUCAUGGGAUGUAGAACUACAAGUGGAGUUCAAUGCAUCAGAUUCAGAACAGGGAAUGAAAAAGUUUCAAAUAGGUUUGCAGCUCACGAAUCAGAGAGUUUUAGAGUGAAUUAAUGUAAAUAGAUGUCUCCUUUGGGUGUUGAAUGCAAGCGUGUGGAAGUUUAACACAAAUACAUGAAUGUUGGUCAAGCUGUGUCAUCAGUUCUGGUUUCUGAGCCAACCUCUGCCAUGUAGCGGAUGCCAUCCAUGGUGUGCUCCGCCCCGCUCUCCUCAUUGUCCCAGCCACCCCAGUGCAGGUGCAUCUGGACAGCUGUGAACUUUGCUGGAAGGCCCUUGGUAAUCUUCAUGGUGGGAGGGAGGUCGAUUUGAACUGAUGGCAACAUGAAGAUUUCAUCACUGAUCAUGAAUACUUUACAGUACUGCUGUUGUGUUUCAGAUGUUUAUGAGUGUGCUCUCCAAGGUUGCAGUUUGCAGGGGCUCCGUUCUUUGAACACAAUGAAUCCAAUGCAAAUCUGGUUUUUAUUUGUGUUUUCGUCAUUUAAAUUAAUUCUGUGAAAUUCUGCAUUAAAUUUUGUACAAUUAAAUGUGUUUUAUAUAUUUAUGAAUUGAUUUUGUUGAAUUAAAGCCUAAAAAUCGUUCAAA